UGAACUUUAACCUGAGAGUUUUCUUCGGUUGUCUGAGGAAUGAGACAAAUGAUCAGAUUCCUUCGCUGCUCGCCGACCCACUGACAUAAUCAUGGGGAGCACUCUGGUCAAAUGUGCCGCCACCGACCUGGGCAUCCAGUGGGCCGGCUGGGCUCUGGCUGCAGCUUUCAAAACCGAGAAGUUUUACGACUUGGCAGGAUCUGGCACUUUUAUACUACUUGCUCACCUGAGUCGUAUCUGGGGAGGAGCCAGUCACGUCCGUCAGAAGGUACAGACCGGGUUGGUGACAGCAUGGGGACUCAGGCUGGGGACAUUCCUCUUCAUGCGGAUUUUGAAGGACGGUCAUGAUCGCAGGUUCAACAAUGUCAGAGAUAGCCCUGGGACUUUCUUUGUAUAUUGGACUAUUCAAGCCUUGUGGAUAUUUAUGACCCUCCUGCCAACCCUCAUGCUGAACAGUGAGAAGCAUGGUGUGCCUCUGGGAGCGAGGGACGGUAUUGGCUGGGCUGUAUGGGGUCUUGGCUUCGCUACUGAGGCUAUUGCUGACCAGCAGAAAUGGCUUUUCAAGAGUGACCCAGAUAAUGCUGGGAAGUUUAUCCAGAGUGGACUAUGGGCCUACAGCAGACACCCGAACUAUUUUGGAGAGAUCCUGCAGUGGUCGGGUCUCUGGCUUUCAGCCUCAUCAGUGAUGCAGGGACCCCAGUACCUGAGUUUGGUGUCGCCUCUCUUCGUGUGGUUCCUGCUACGUUACGUCAGCGGCAUCCCCAUCCUGGAGAAGCAAGCCAUGAAGAAGUGGGGAUCUGACCCAGCCUUCCAGGAGUACAUCAGGAACACUCCUCUUCUCUGGCCAUUGCCAAAAUGUUGAUGUUACAUAUUUGUUAUAAUGUUUUAACAUUUUCUCAAUUGUUAAUAACAAUCACCUCCACACAAAGAAGGUAUACACAUUAAAGUCUUUUGAAAAUUUUUAAA